UAAUUCCUGAAGUGAAUGAAUGGUGGUCAUGGAUGAGGAAGGAAAUUCUGGAUGAAUUUGCAGGAAAAGAUAUUGUUGUUGGUGGGGAUGGCCAAUGUGACUCCCCAGGUUUCAAUGCCAAGAAUCUUUGUUAUUUCAUGGUAGAAAACAGCACAAAUUAUAUAAUUGGCAUUGAAAUUUUGGAUAAGAGACAUGUUGGCUUAAUCUCCACCAAUAUGGAAAGAAAAGCGGUGAAACAAGGAUUGGAUAAGCUAAAGAAUGACAAUGUAAGGGUUGUCGAGUUUGUGACGGAUGCUUCCUCUUCCAUUAAAGCUUUACUAGGUUUGUAAAUAUUACGAUUACUAUCCAUAUAAGAACAUUUAGCUGCGAUAGCCUACAUCCGACUUUACCUCUUUACUCUGUCUAGCGCCAGAUUAUUUACUCAUCAAGCGGAAAGUCUUGCGGCUUAAUGGGUUAACAAAUCUAUUUGCCAAUAUAAUCUUUUUAACCCUUUGAGCAAUGAUGUGCCUGACUUUAACCUUUUAUUCGAUCUAGCGCCAGACAAUCUUACUUGUUGAAGGGCAGCUUAAUAGGUUAAACAUGAUGAAACAGCGACUAUCUUUUACACCCAAAAAGCAGAUUUGAGAUCACAUAGUAUACAUGUAGUAGCUAUUUUAGACCAAUAAAAUUUGAAUAUUGUUUAUUUCAGAAUCUCAGUUUGAAGGUAUUGUUCACAGUCUGGAUGUGUGGCACAAAUCUAAAAGUAUAAAGAAGUGCCUUACAAAGGUGUGUAAUUAGCACACUUUUGUUUUUGUUGUGUGUAUGAGUUAGGGACUGUUCAUUAUUUAUACCCUAGGGUGGGGUGGGAGAUUCUUAUGUCAUGUACAAAAAUCUUGUAUCCCUCCCCCCUUUGAUGAUCGCAAAGUUGAAGACCCCUCAUACAACACUUGAAAGUUUACCACCCCCACUGUUUGUACAAAUGGUUUAAUAUUGUAAAUUGCCAGGAGAUUUUACUCAUCAAGGGAAGAGUGCUGCCGCUUAAUGGGUUGACUAUCUGCCUAAAAUGCACCAUAUGUCAACCUUUAAGUGGCAAUGCGCCUAGGUGCACCCACUUUAUUAUUUUACUCUGUCUAACGCCUGAUUAUUUUACUGUUUAACACCAGAUGACCACCAGGGUGAGAGUGCUGCCACUCAUUGUGUUAGGCAUAUAUAUAUAUAUAUAUAUAUAUAUAUAUAUAUAUAUAUAUAUAUAUAUAUAUAUAUAUAUAUAAAUAAAUACCGUAUUGCCUUAGGCCUAUACACAUAUUAGAUUAUACUACAUCAGUGCAAUCUAGUUCUAAACAUGUUUUUACUCUUCUAUGUAUAUACAAGUUGGGUAAGCCAAAAAAAAUGAAAAAGAUUAACGAUUGGUCAGCCCAUAUAGUAAGACACUUCUGGUAUUGUUCCAGUGCCUGCCGAAAGGACGAAACAACGACCGAUGAAGAAGCAUUAAAAACCAUGAAGGUAUUAUUAUUUUUUUUCUUAUAAUUAUAUGUCCCAGUAGUGGCUAAAAUGUCAAAGUCAUUAGUUAUUAAAUUACUGAAAACUAUACCACCAUAUUGUUUCCAAACAUCACUCAUUCUGUUAAUCCCUAAUUGUACUAGCCAUCGCAUGAUUACCUAUACUUAUAUUUACAUAUUCAGGAUAUGUGGAUUGGAUUGCUGCACCACAUAUGUAACGUGCACGAGUGGGUAGGAGGCAAGUGCGACCAUGACAUUGGUGAUCAUGAUGAAUCGUUACCCUGGUUUGACCGGCGAGAUGA